AUGGCAACGCCGGUUGUUGAGCGGAUGAAGCCAGAUCGCUUGGGUCUUGGGUCUGCUGUAUGCGAAUCCGUAACGAAAAACACCACCGAGUUCGCCGUCUUUGCCCAGGAGCACGAGGCGCACGAAGAGAUUCUGCUCGCCAAGUGCCCGCCGACAUUAUGGCCGCACGGCUCGUACCGCGCGAGCUGCCCCAGGCCGAUUCUCAUCUCCGAGAGCCACUGCAGGCAGCUCAAAGACUUGCAUGGCGCAUUGACGGCCGCCAUGAACGACAUUGUGUCGCGAUGGUGGAAGGACAAGGCCGCCAACUUUCCGGCACGCAUGCCACUGGAGCAGGAAGAGAAACAGCUGUUGCAGCCAAAGAUCUAG